CGUCAUGUGCCCCAGACCCUCCUCCCACAAGGAGGGAUUUGAUGUGCAGGCAAAGGCUUAACUCUCCUCUUCCCCCUCCUCCUCCCCGUUUGCAGAGGUGAAUUUCUGAAGGCAGGGAGAAACCUUGGGCUUGAAAUCCCUAUAGCUCUCAUCGGGGGGGGGGGUGUCAGCUGGACAGAAUCACAGCAGCAGCAGCAGAAAGGGGGUUGGUUUGGGGUGGGGUAAGGGGAAGGUUGCAUGCGGUUCCCAGACAUAUUGAGCCUGCUCCUUCCUUCCUCCUCCUUCCUCCCUUCCUUCUCUUAACCAUCUUUUGCCGUCUCGCGGAGCCUGACUGGUCCUUGCGGAUAAAUGAGGAAUCACGAUGUUCACCAGCAUCACGGACGGGCUCCUGUGUUGCCUGAUGGGCAAGACCCCCAACGCCGUGGGUCCCCUGGAGAGCGUCGAGUCCAGCGACGGGUUUAGCUUCGUGGAGGUGAAGCCCGGCCGGGUCCUGCGGGUCAAGCACCUAGCCCCCGUACACCCACCGGGGGCCGAGGACGCGCCCCAGACGGCGGGCGUCGUGCGCUGCAAGCGCCGCAUCACCGUCUACCGCAACGGCCAGAUGGUCAUCGAGAACCUGGGCGAUGCCGUCCGCGCCGACAUCCUCCACUGCCAGAACGGCUCCGAAGCCAACGGCACGAUGGAGCUGGAGGUCUCGGACGCUGCUGGCACCGGCGCAGCCACCCCCUCGGCCAACCCCCCCGGUCCUGGCCCUGCCAAGCGCCGCCGGCGGAAGCCGAAGAAAGUGGUUAACGUCGACUGCACCAAGUUCAUCACCAGCUGCAAGGGCACCCACGGCGACGUGGUCCUCUUCUUCAUCCAUGGCGUGGGGGGCUCUCUGGACAUCUGGAAGGAGCAGCUGGACUUCUUCGCCAAGCUGGGCUACGAGGUGGUGGCCCCCGACCUGGCCGGACAUGGGUGCAGUUCGGCCCCCCAAAUCGCCGCCGCCUACACUUUUUACGCCCUGGCGGAGGACAUGCGGGCCGUCUUCAAGCGCUACGCUCGGAAGAGGAACAUCCUCAUUGGGCACUCCUACGGAGUCUCCUUCUGCACCUUCCUGGCGCACGAAUACCCGGAUCUGGUCCACAAGGUGAUAAUGAUCAAUGGCGGGGGUCCCACGGCCUUGGAGCCCAGUCUCUGCUCCAUCUUCAACAUGCCCACGUGUGUCCUGCGCUGCCUCUCCCCCUGUCUGGCCUGGAGCUUCCUCAAGGCUGGCUUUGCCCGCCAAGGCGCCAAGGAGAAGCAGCUGCUGAAGGAAGGGAACGCCUUCAACGUCUCGUCCUUCGUCCUGAGAGCCAUGAUGAGUGGCCAGUACUGGCCGGAGGGGGAUGAGGUCUACCAUGCGGAGCUGACCGUCCCCGUCCUCCUCGUUCACGGCAUGCACGACAAAUUUGUCCCUGUGGAGGAGGACCAGCGGAUGGCUGAGAUCCUGCUCAUCGCUUUCCUGAAGGUGAUUGACGAAGGCAGCCACAUGGUCAUGAUGGAGUGUCCGGAAACAGUGAACACCCUUCUGCACGAGUUCCUGUUAUGGGAGCCGGAGGCUGUCCCAGCCGCGGAUGGAACAGAAGCAGAGAAGAAAUAAGAAAUAAAAAAAAACCCUUAACAGCUACUUCGUGAAACUAGCGGCCUGCUCACGUUGCUGAUUCCAGAGGGAUGUUUUUUCUGGUUUGGAGCCUGCGGCAGUAGAAGGUGCGGCUGUGGCCGGCGGACACCUCCGCCCUGCGAUGCGGGACGGGCGGAAAAGGCUCUUUCCUCCUCCUCCACUGAGAAGCAGACUGGACCUUCGUGGGCUGGGCACAUGCAGGGUCAUGGCCGAGUGAGGUGGACCCUCAAGACAGGUGGGAGGGAAGGGGUCGGCCGCUCCCUGCGCUUUCGCCCUCGCCUUCCCCCUUGCAGUGUCCUCGUUCGUUUUUUCACGCUCAGCCUCUGGAAGGCUGCAGAAACGAGGCUGUGGCGCUUCCACGGGACCUGUCCCAAGAUGGCAACCUCAACUCCGUUUGGGAGCCGGCCAAGCUGACUCGGGCGCGAUUGAACCGACCCGGAUUUGUGUAUACAGCUUAUUAAAUCGGCGACCCUCCUCCCCCCGAAUUCCCUCUGCCCCUCGAAGGCCCACCGGGUGUGGUAAACAAAUUCUCCACAUUGGCUGAGCCAGGAAGGAGAAGGCAGUGGGGAGAUUCGAACGCUUGCCCAUUGCUUGAGACGAGCGUCAGUGCUAGGUUCUGCCGUGGGGCAGGCGUUCCCAAGCCCCUUGCAAAGAGGUUCAGGGGGCAGGGCUCCCCAGUAUUUACUCACCCAUCAAACACCUCCUCCCUUUCUCUUCACAUCGCCUCCAAACCUCCGCAUUCUCUGGGCAGAAGGUCCUGGAGCCCUUCUGGAGUUUGGGGGUUCGCUUCUGGUCUUUGGCAGCUUGUAAAUGUACUGUGAAAAAUUGCAGCACCCAAAGGUAUUUCAGGGUAAAGGCACCUCUCUCCUCGCCACAAUCUUUGGCACUUUGGUUGGGAGAGCAAAGUCCCCGUAACUGAGCAAUUCCUUAUUUUGUCAGUGCCCGUUUCCUCCGUAUCAAACCUUCGGAACGCUCCCCUCCCUUCCCCAUUCACCAGGAGAAAUGGAAAGGAAUUGCAAAAAAAGAGUUCUGGCUGGGAAUGGGGCUUUUGUUUCAUUUUGUUCAACUUAGGAACAACUGCUUUGGUCUAAUGAUAAAGGCUUGGAUCAGAGGGAAGCGGCAGGGCACAGAGAAAGGCGACUUCUCAAAAUCUGCUCCUCGACGUUGCCGCCCCAAAAUCUGGCGAGGCUUUAGGGGAAAAGGGCACAAACCCAGAUGGAUCCGGGGGUGGGAGACCUUUUUGGUUUCCUGGGCUGGAACCUGAUCAGGACGGGCCUCGCAGGCUGAAUUUGACCUCCCAAUCGCAUGACAUCGCUAUGAUAGCACAAUAGACGGGUGAGCCCCACACCUCACCUCGAAAUUGGCAGAUACCUUUUUCUUCCUCUCCCCCACUCGCUUAAAUGAGCGGCUUCAAACAGCUGUAAGCGCCGCUUGUCAGCUGGAAUUAAGCGCCGCUGCCUUUUCUGCCAUAAGGAUCUCUUCCCAGCCACGGUACACAGCCAGUGCAGGAUUAGACCCAGAUGAGCAGGGAAAAGGCAUGGUUUGGGGAAGAUGGCAGCACAGGCCUGCAGGCCAGAGAAUUCCUGACCUCUAAGUGUUCGCCUUACUCAACAACACACCCAGGACAGCGACAUUUGCAGCCAUAAAAAAAAAGUAUUCCAGCAUUUUGCUGGGUUUGAAUCGUUUACUCGCAAUGACUUCGCCACCUCUCCCAAUCCUAACUUCGUAUGUGCUCUUCUUAAUGGUUGGUUGGUUGUUUUUCACCAGCCCAGAACCUGCCAAGCCGCAAUGUGGGGUACAUUCACACAAGCCACAGUGCGGCGGGGAGGGUGGCCAGAGACAGAUCAAUUCAGGAUGUCAGUGGUGCCCUGCCUGAUAACUUUCUUUUGUCCCAAAUUAGAUUUUUAAAAGUUAUUAUUUGAUCCUGUCACGAGCAGGCCUCCCCGACUCAGGACUCCUCCAAAAAAACCCCAUUAUUUGGUUGGAACAAUACACAAACACAUACACACAACCAUUUUCAAAUGCUAUCUCCAUCCACUCUACACCAUUACCUGCCUACCCUAAUCCACCUCAAGGUCAUUUCCUGCAACGUGUAAGAGGGUAUGGGAUUGCAGUUUGGGAUUCUGGAAUUCCAAGGCAGCCUGUGUGUGAAUACCCACCACAACGACCAAACCCUUGUUGUGCAUCCACGGACGGGCAGCCAGACUUCGCUUGUUUACAAGCACACAAAGCAAACCAGCGUUGAGCCUCCUUAGUAGCAUCGUAACCAUAAUAAACAGCUUAAUACCUUUUUUAUUAUUUUAAAAAAAUUCUGUAUUCUUAGGAGACUGUUUUAACCAGCUUGGAAAUUGAUCCAUGGUUUUGUUUUUAUUUAUUUUGAGGGGCGGGGGAGCCUGCUGCUGUGAGUUCCACAGAUCCAGGCUCUUUCCAGCCGGGAGACGAAACGGGAUUGUGCGAUAAGUGUCACCCUAGACUCUCAAAUAAAAGUAUUAUAUUCUCAACAGA